CAUUAGGCUACUUAUGCUGUGAAAAAUGGCGAUAUCAUUCCCGGUGUCGUUGGCAACACUGUGCGUGAGUUCAUUAAUCGAAUGUGUAUUACAUGUGUAUUGAGUAUUCCAAAUUGUAAACUACGACUACUGAAAAACUGAAAAAGAUCAAUGUAUUUAUUUGAAAGAAUUUGUUUAAUUACAAUUACCUCAACCUACUAAGUACAAAGAAUAGAUGAGUCUUACUUAGAUACUUAUAGUGGUGUUAAAAUAUCAAAACAAACAAUUUAAAAAAAGAGGGUUUCCUUUAUAACUAUUGCAUUUAUAACUUUACAUACUUUUGCAUGUAAUGGGAGAUAGAGAUUGGAGACCGUUCAUUUACGGCGGCCUAGCGUCGAUUGUUGCAGAGUUUGGUACAUUUCCUAUUGACACAACCAAGACUCGGCUACAGAUCCAAGGACAAAAGAUAGAUCCUCGACAUGUUGAGUUGCGAUACACGGGAAUGGUGGAUUGUUUUGUUAAAACAUCAAAACAAGAGGGUGUUAAAGCGCUUUACUGUGGUAUCUGGCCAGCAGUACUUAGACAAGCAACAUAUGGCACUAUUAAGUUUGGGACAUACUACUCAUUGAAGAAGGCGUUUGCUGCCAGGAGGGCUGACGGUGGUACUCGAGAACACUUAGCAACUAACACAUUUUGUGCUGCAUUUGCAGGAGGGCUGUCUAGUGCAAUAGCAAAUCCUACUGAUGUCCUUAAAGUUAGGAUGCAGGUUGGUGAUGAGAAGCGCAACAUAGUGCGUUGCUUCAUCGAUAUACAUAGGAUAGAAGGGGUGGCAGGACUAUGGAGGGGCGUAGCACCCACUUCGCAACGAGCGGCAUUAAUCGCAGCCGUGGAGUUGCCCGUGUAUGAUGCGUGUAAGCGUCGGCUUACUGCCCCGUUAGGAGACCGACCUCUUAAUCAUUUUGUGUCUAGUCUGCUCGCUAGUCUUGGUAGCGCUGUAGCCAGUACACCACUUGACGUUGUUAGGACGCGGCUUAUGAACCAAAGAAAAGUGAGGGAUCCAAGUAUACAGAUAUACAAAGGGACCGUUGACUGCAUUGUACAGACAGUACGCAGUGAGGGUGCGCGUGCGCUGUACAAAGGCUUCAUACCAACAUGGCUCCGUAUGGGGCCGUGGAAUAUUAUCUUCUUCCUCACCUAUGAGCAGCUUAAGGCGCUCUACUAAACAUAAAAUCUCCACGGAAUUAGUUCAAUUUCUAGUUUAAGUAUAAUUUUAUUGUUUACUAGAAUCUGUUAACUAGCCAAAUAUUAUGUGUAUUCGAAUAUACUAAAGUCAAUUUAAUACCUACACUAGCUAAGUGUAAUUACUAAAAUUAUGAGGUUUGGACAGAAAGUUUAAAGAAUUUAUCAGCGUUUAUCUUUCAAUAUUUAAUAAUUCAUCAAUUUUAUAAGCUGGCAACGCACUUGCCUUCUGUGAUAGCCAGCCCGUUUAUCGCCAGUUAUAUAAAAAAAUCACAUGAAUUUGAAAUAGUUAAUUUAUAUACAUAUGUACAAACAAUAAGAAAAGAGAAAUAAAAUAGGAUGCGUGUA